CAAAAAAAAUGCAAUUUAUUUAAAGAAAUUAAAUAUUUUAUUUACGGAAGCAAUUAAAGGUAAAAAGGAAUUUAAAUUUUAAAAAUUCUAAAAGUAUUUCAGCCACCGCCGCCGUUAAUAAUAUAUUUGCUAAAUUUCCAACACUGUCGAAGAAAAGUCGGAAAAUUCAAUAGAUGAAGAAGUGUACAAUUGCAAUAAAAUAGUUCUUAGAUUGCAAAAAAAUGCAAUUUAUUUAAAGAAAUUAAACAUUUUAUUUACGGAAGCAAUUAAAGCCAACAACUAUUGAAGGAAAAGAAACGAAAACAAUUCAAGCAGAAAAUACAUAUAAACGUUAAUCAAAACAUACACAAUGCCAUCUUGUGGUGGUCCAGUGUAUCAACCCACAACGGUCUCAUAUGAGCCACGUUCAGGAGGCGGCAAUGGUUCAGGAGGUGGUUUAGGAUUUUUGGGACCAGCCUCUUCCAUUGGAGUUGAUUCUCCCCUGCGUAUAUUUCGUAAACCGAAACCACAAUUGGCUCUACUUUUGUUCUCUUUAAUAUCCUUGGCCGCCGGAAUUGCUAUGCUAGCCAGCGGUGCAGCUGACUGGAUUGAAGACCAAGAAUUCGUUAGACAACAACAGCAGCAGUUACCCAUUGAACAAACCACUGACGAUGAAGUAAGUGAAACACAAACAGAAGCUGUAACACCCUGUGUCAAUAUACCAUUGGGCAUAUUGUUGGGUGGUGUAUUUAUGACUUGUCUAGGCAUAGUUGGAAUGGGACUCUAUUUAAAAGUUGCUGACUGGCGCCGCAACUGUGUAUGUCCUUGUCCGUGUCCAUUUUUCGAUAAAAAACAGUCGUUGGCUCGUCAAUUACAAUGUCAAAAUGUUGAUGGUGGUUGUGGCCAAGGCAUAAUGGCCUUGAAUCCUUCCACAGAUCCUUUAGUUUCGCACACACAAUAUGCUCCGGUUUCGGAGUUGCCCUCGUUGCGUGCCGAUGAUGAGGAACGUCGUAAUUUGAUGCCCGAUAAUAAAGAUUGUCUCAGCAGUGCUGAAGAAUCUGAUCGCAUGCUUGAACCAGAUCCAAGAAUUGUUUUACGUCCUGUGGGUCGUGUUGAAGAUGCUUAAAUGAUAAUUAACACAAUAAUUAAUAAUAAUUCAAAUAGCAGCGAAUGAAAAAUAUAAAUGUAACAAGAAAUCUCAACAAUCAACACCAACAAACAACUCUUAAUAUCUAUUUUAAUUAUUUACAUUGUCUUGUAAAUUUAGUUUCAUACAUUUUAUUAAAAUAUUUAGUUUAUUUUAAUUGUAACGUUGUCUCAAAACAAACAAACAAUAUUAAUUAUAUUCGAAUUUAUAUGCAAACAAAAAUAAUAAUUUAUUAAAAAAACAUUAUUAAAAUUCAUAUAAGAUAUGAAUUAAAAACCCAAGAUUAAUAACAAAAACAAAUUUGUUUGAAAAAAUUGUAAUUUAAAAUAUUUCAAACAGUACAACUACUAGUGCUGCUUUAAACAUGAUUUAUAUUUUUGCUAGUAUUAUUACUUAUGCCAUGAUGACUAAAUAUGUAUGAAACUUUUUAAGUUCUUAUAACUGUUUUUAAUAUGUCCAUGAAUUUUAAUUGAAUAAUUUUCCCUUUAUUAAGGAUGAGGGUAGAUUUACUUUUGAAUUGUAAUGUACAAAUAACAAUUAACAAAUAUGUAUGAAAAUUUAAAGACAUUCGAUAUAUAUUUUGCCAGGCUUUUGUACUUAAAUUUUUUAGUAUAUUUUUUUGUACUAUUUUUGUUAAGAUUUUACUUUUAUUACUAAGAAUCUCGUUUUAAUUAAAUUUAAAUAUAAUGAAUAUUCACUACGUCGUUCUUUUUUAUUCGAAGACUUAAUA